AUGAGCGAUAAUCCAUUUGAUCUGGUAGCAGUUCAAACGCCUAAGAAUGCCAAUGUGUCUUUAAACGCAUUGGACAUUCCCUCGCCGUCCUUGGAGUACUGUACGAUGACUGUGGAAGAAGCAGCGACUUCAUUGGGCACUAACGUUAAAAAUGGGCUGUCCUCCGCAAGCGAAGUCACACACCGCCAACAAGAGUACGGGGUCAACGAAAUCGCAUCUGAAGACGAAGAACCUCUCUGGCGCAAGUUUCUGGGCACUUUCGUGGGCGAUCCCUUGAUCUUGUUGUUGAUCGGUUCAGCAGUCAUAAGUUUUGUCAUGGGCAAUAUUGACGACGCAGUUAGUAUCACAUUGGCAAUUGUAAUAGUGGUGACGGUUGGAUUUGUACAGGAACAUCGCUCUGAAAAAUCCAUCGAAGCUCUCAACCGUUUAGUUCCUGAUGAAUGCCAUUUAGUUAGGGGUGGCCAAGAAUCCAAAAUACUGGCGUCUGUGCUCGUCCCUGGAGACGUGGUUCGCUUUGGUGUCGGUGAUCGGAUUCCAGCUGACAUCAGAAUCACAGAAGCAGUCGGUUUGUCCAUCGACGAAAGUAAUCUUACCGGUGAAAAUGAGCCUGUUCACAAAUCCACAAAGGAGGUUUCUAAAGACUCCUAUAAUGAUGUUCCAGGAUCCUUAGUACCUCUGGCUGAUAGAACUUGUAUCGGAUUUAUGGGAACCUUGGUCAGAGAAGGCCAUGGGAGAGGUAUCGUUAUCGCAACAGCCAAACACACUGCCUUUGGUAAAGUAUUUGAGAUGAUGAACUCUAUCGAAAAGCCCAAGACCCCGCUACAAACAGCCAUGGAUAAACUAGGAAAAGACCUUUCGCUUGUGAGUUUUGGAUUGAUCGGUGUGAUCUGUCUAAUUGGAAUACUGCAGGGUCGCUCGUGGCUUGAAAUGUUUCAAAUUUCGGUGUCAUUGGCCGUCGCAGCCAUUCCCGAAGGCCUUCCGAUUAUUGUCACUGUUACUUUGGCUUUAGGGGUUCUAAGAAUGGCUAAAAGAAGAGCAAUUAUCAGAAGAUUACCAAGUGUGGAAACUCUGGGUUCUGUCAACGUUAUUUGCUCGGACAAGACCGGUACUUUAACAACGAACCAUAUGACUGUAAACAAAAUAUGGUGCCUCGGUAGUAUGUCUAACAAGUCAAACAUUCUCAAUUUGGAAAAGGUUACGCGCGCUAAUUUGAAGAACCAUAUCAGCGAAGACGUAAAGGCCACUUUGCGUGUCGGAAACAUCUGCAACAAUUCCACGUUUUCUCAGGAGCAUGUAAAGUUUCUUGGCAAUCCAACUGACAUUGCAAUACUCGAAGUUUUACGCAAAUUUGACCUUGAGGACCAACGUCCAACAGUUACCAGAAUUGGUGAAAUUCCCUUCAGCUCCAAAAGAAAAUUCAUGGCCGUCAAGGUGAAGGACUCGAGAGGCAAAACCAUGAUAUAUGUGAAAGGUGCUUAUGAAAGAAUUGUCGAAAUGUCGUCCCACUUCAUCAAUACUGAAAAUAAAGUGGUUAAGCUGGAUAGUGCAUUGAAAGAUGUCAUCUUUGACAGCGCAAAUACUCUUGCGUCAGAAGGACUCAGAACAUUAGCCUUUGCUCAAUUUGAGCCACCUAGUGGUUCAACUGAUGCUUUUGACGAAAAAAGUAUUGAUGGACUAACUUUCGCAGGAUUACUCGGUAUGAAUGACCCACCAAGACCAUCUGUAAGAGCUGCAGUGGAGAGGCUUUCCGAAGGUUCUGUUCACGUCAUAAUGAUCACUGGGGAUUCCGAAAGCACAGCUGUAAAUAUUGCAAGACAAAUCGGGAUUUCCAUUCCAAAUCCAGAAACUGCUGUUCUUACUGGCGAUAGACUUGAACAUAUGAGCGAAGAUCAGUUGACAAGCAUUAUUGAUCAUGUCAACAUUUUUGCCCGGGCUACUCCAGAACACAAACUGAACAUCGUACGGGCUUUGCAGAAGAGAGGUGAUAUUGUUGCAAUGACUGGGGAUGGUGUAAACGAUGCACCUGCAUUGAAGCUCGCCGACAUAGGUGUUUCCAUGGGUAAGAUGGGUACCGACGUGGCAAAAGAAGCAUCUGAUAUGGUAUUGACCGACGACGAUUUCAGUACCAUUCUCACUGCAAUCGAAGAAGGUAAAGGAAUCUUCAACAAUAUUCAAAAUUUCUUGACAUUUCAGUUGUCAACAUCGGUCGCUGCGUUGUCUUUGGUUGCGAUUUCUACAGCAUUCAAGCUUCCAAACCCGCUAAACGCGAUGCAGAUCUUGUGGAUCAAUAUCUUGAUGGACGGACCACCAGCCCAAAGUCUUGGAGUGGAACCUGUUGAUCACGAAGUUAUGAAAAAACCUCCUCGUAAGCGCUCAGACAAGAUUUUGACCAACGAUGUUUUCAAGAGACUUCUACAGAGUGCACUCUUCAUCAUUGUUGGGACGAUAUACGUUUUUAUCAAGGAGAUGACCGAAGAUGGAGUUAUCACCGCGAGGGACACUACUAUGACCUUUACUUGCUUCGUCUUCUUUGAUAUGUUUAACGCACUGGCUUGCAGACAUUCUACGAAGUCUAUUUUUGAGGUAGGAAUCUUUGCGAACAAUAUGUUCAAUUACGCUGUAGGGUUUUCGCUAUUGGGCCAACUGUGCGCAAUUUACGUCCCAUUUUUCCAAAAGAUUUUCAAGACUGAGAGUUUAAGUUUGGGUGACUUGGCAUUCUUAUUGACUCUCAGUAGCACCGUUUUCAUUGCAGACGAAGUUCGGAAAUGGUAUUACAGAAAGCAAAGGGUAAAUGAUCCCUACUACUACUCUGUUGUUUAA